AUGGCAAUGAAAAGAGGACAGAAAUUGGGAAUAAGUGAUGAUUCUGAAUAUCUUUCAGAUGAUUCGGAUUUCUAUGGUGACGAGACAGUGAAACGAGAGCUUGAGCGUCGAGCAACUAGCUUCAGUCCUGCAGAAUGGUGGGGAAGAAAGAUACUAUCUCCAACGGAGAUGGCUAAUUUGAGCAUCAAAUCCGCCAGUUUAAGCCAGACUGCUACACUGUAUAAUCCUUAUGAGGGUCAAAGAUGUGGCCGCCAGCUCGGGGAGACUGUGGAUGAAUUUCUACAAAGACUCCCUCCUUCAACGACUAUGAAAGAAACAGCUAUUCCUUGGAUCUUCAUUUCAAAUCCAUUCCGAAAGGCUCCGAGAUCUCAGGUUGAAUAUAGUCAAUAUUGGCUUGCUAAUGAAGGGCCCCCCGAUGAAGAAAGCGACUGGGCCCAAUUUGUGAGAGUUGGAGAAAAGCUCUUGGAGGAGUUGACGUCUAUCAAACAUGCGAUUGAGAAGAAGAGAGCCGGCCAAUCCAAGGCCACUAUAGCCAAGGCGGUUAAUGUCGAGAAGGAAGUGAUUGUCCAGAAACUCCUUGAUAAAGCUGUUGAGUUGCACUGCACUUCCGGCAAGUGGAUGAUGUUUUAUGAAUCUUCUGCGGUCGAUGCCGUUUGGUCUAUCAUCGCUCAUGCCACAGCUUCUAACGAACUCGGAAUUGCCGCCAAGGUUGCCCCUGAUGAAGGCGAUAGACGCGGACCUCGCCUGAUCUGUAUAUACACCAAAGAUUUCACAGAUAUGGAGGAUGUCACGCGGGUUAUUAGCAAAAUGCGAGACCUCGGACUGAUAAACGUGAAAGGGAAACCAAUCUACUAUAAGUGUGAUGCAUACACCUACCUGAAUAUCAAAUCUGGGAAUGAAUACAAUAUCAAAGCAUCUCUGUAUAAUUCUGCAGAUGUCCUCAACCCAAAGGAUACAGGCUUAAAAAGCCAGAGACUAGAUGGAUCUUUCUACAAGAGAUAA